GGGAGAGAAAGUGACUAUCAGAACGCUGAAUGAAACUCUGAGGAGUGUUGAACUUCGUUUGAGCCCUUCAUCUAUUACUUUUGUUGGAAUAUUGUACUGAAACCGACAUAAAACACGACGGAAUUGUUUAGGAACACACUAAAGGGCGCAUUCUUCAGGGUUUGUUUGUUUGGUGGCUUGUGACGCGGAACGGGAGUUAACAUGAGUUCUGCCGCGGUGUACGAACAUGGAGGCAAAGAUCGGCAUGAGCGAGUUUCCUUCAUGACAAAUGAAGAGAAGACGGCAUCAAAGCGGAAGACUGGCGUCGUCGUGGGGGUUAUUGUUGCCUUGCUGGUGGUGUCUGCUGUGGUCGGAUUUCUCGUGUGGCUCUUUCUUGUCAGGACCAAAGAACUAGAAAACCAGGCGGACAAGGGGAAACUAAGCCCAUCCAAGCGGGUUUACAGCGGACAAAUUCGACUGCUUAAGCCGGAGUACAGCCCAGCGUUUGACAAUCCCGAUAGCCCUGAAUUCCAACAGGUGGCGAAGGAUUUGGAGGGAAUUAUGAAUGACACAUUCAACAGAGACCCGUUCCUUUCCAAAUAUUUUACAAAGUCGGUCAUCGUUGCUUUCAGUGAUGGAAUGAUGGCGUAUCACUGGAGCCAGUUUGACAUUCCUGAGAUGGAACAGGAGGUCGAACCGGAGUUGACAGAGGAGCGGGUGGUCGAGGCCCUGCGGAGGUCCAUCCGGGCAGAGAGCAGACGCACAGGAACCAUCACCGUCACAGACAAAGACAUCACUGCUUCACAAACGGACCCUCGGAUGGCCAGGGACCCCAGAUCCAAGAAAUGUUUCUACAGUCUUGAGGCAGAUGCCACUGAAAAGAACUUUGCGUCUCCUGACCACCCUAGUAAAUACCCGGCCUUCUCCCAGUGCCAGUGGCAGAUCCGGGCUCCUAAGAACCACGCCAUCAUAGUCAAAUUCAAGAACUUCCACGUGGAGGAUGACUGCGUCAAUGACUACGUGGCCAUCUACAAUUCCCUCAGUCCUGACAGCAUUCAGGCCAUCACAAAACAGUGUGGACUUCGACCCCCUUCAAAUCCUCUCGAGGUGGUUUCUUCUGGAAACAUCAUGCUCAUCAACCUGGUGACGGAUGAUGUCCGGAGACCAGGAUUCAGAGCGGUUUACAAAGCCAUUCCUGUUCUUACUGCUGGAAGCUGUGGCAAAUCUCUGAGUAAUCCCACAGGAGACCUCUCCUCUCCGUAUUUUCCUAGUUUCUAUCCUCCCUCAGUGGAUUGCAUCUGGAACAUCAAUGUUCCUGAGGGCAAGAAGAUAAAGAUUGAGUUCAGCAUGUUUCGGGUGAAAGAACCAAGGGUUGAUGUUAACACUUGUCACAAAGAUUACGUGGAGGUGGAGGGUAAAAGGUAUUGUGGGGAGAAGCCUAAACAUGUGCUGUCUAGCUCCAGCAACACAUUAGAAGUGAAGUUCCAUUCAGAUGAAUCUUACACAGAUAAAGGAUUCAGGGCCACUUAUACCGCCUAUGACCCUGUCAACCCUUGCCCCGGUCAGUUUGCCUGUUCCUCGGGCCGUUGCAUCAAGAGCGAGCUUAAGUGUGACGGCUGGGAUCACUGUCAGGACAUGAGUGAUGAGAAAAACUGCAAAUGUGAUGACGACCAGUUUUCCUGUAGUAAUGGCCUGUGCAGACCUCAAUACUUUGUUUGUGACCGAGUAGAUGACUGCGGUGAUAACAGCGAUGAGCUGCAUUGUGACUGCGGCCGGGCUGAGGUGCGGUGCGGCGACGGCACGUGUGUGCCGCAGGAAGUGAUAUGUGAUGGGAAGAGUGAUUGUGCUGAUAGCAGUGACGAGGUCUCCUGCAAAGGAUCUACCGGCUUCUGCACGGAUUUUUCCUUCAAGUGUAAAAGCAAAGAGUGUAUAAACAAAGUGAAUGCGGAGUGUGACCGUGAGAACGACUGCGCUGACGGGUCAGAUGAGCAGGGAUGCGAUUGCGGGGUCCGGCCAUACAAGCACAACCGUAUUGUGGGUGGGCAGAACGCAGACGUGGGCGAGUGGCCGUGGCAGGUUAGUCUGCACUUCAAGAGCGAAGGACACGUUUGCGGCGCUUCCAUCAUCUCCAACAAAUGGCUGCUGUCCGCUGCCCACUGUUUCAUCCAACCUACUUCUCCCGACCACAAAGAGACGUCUAACUGGCGGACGUUCAGCGGUCUGCGAGACCAGCACAACCCCGACCGCUCCGCUGUCCAGGAGCGUACUCUAAAGACCAUCAUCACCCAUCCGAACUACGACCCCAUGAGCUACGAUUAUGACAUCUCGCUGCUGGAACUGAGUCAGCCGUUGAACUUCACCAACACCGUGCAUCCCAUCUGCCUGCCGGCACCCUCUCACGUUUUCUCGGCUGGCAGCUCCUGCUUCGUUACGGGCUGGGGAACGCUCCGAGAGGGAGGGAGUGCUGCACAGAUACUGCAGAAAGCAGAUGUAAAGGUUAUUAACGAUACAAUAUGCAACAUGGUGACCGAAGGUCAGGUGACCUCAAGGAUGAUGUGCAGUGGCUACCUCGGUGGAGGCGUGGACGCUUGUCAGGGAGACUCGGGCGGUCCUCUAGCAUGUCGAUCCGAAGCUGGCAAAUGGUUCCAGGCUGGGAUCGUGAGCUGGGGAGAGGGAUGUGCUCAAAGAAACAAGCCUGGGGUCUACACACGGGUCACCAAACUGCGAGACUGGAUCCGUGAUAUCACGUCAAUAUAGCGGACGGUGGAACUGCAAUGACGACCAAUGCAGAAAAACUGAAACGUUCCAACAGCUUGAAUAUGUAUGGUACAUGAUUCCCGUGCAAACACCUUUGGCCAAAAUCUCAAAGCUACAAGACACUAACAGACUUCAAUCACUGCGCGGAUGUAUGUCUCUAAGGUAGAACUCAGUCAAAAUAGUCUAGACUCAUUUUUUAUACUGGUACAUGUAUCAUUCUUGUGUAUAUAUACACUACAGCGUAGAUGAUAAAUCGUGAUGUCAUUUAAUAAGGUCACCGCUUUCCAUUUGUUGUCAGUCUUCAACAGUAAAUCCGUGCCACCACUUUUGGAGAUCAUGCUGUUAUUUUUGUGAAUUGUAUUGUUUUAAAGACUGUUUUACAUUUGCCAAAUAUAUUGUGCCUUUUCUUAUAAACUAUGGCUCGUCUCGAUCGCUGACGUCGGAACCAGCUCCAGUCCUAAGCCUUUUCUUUCUUCUAAGGGUGAAAAGCUUCUUUGCAAUCUAGAAAUCUCUGUAAGCAUCCCACCCGUGUUGACCUUUUUUCUUACAUCUGUGUGAUCUUGGGACCUCAGUGCAGAAACUCUGAAAUGGCGGAUUAGGUAAAAAUGGGAUGUUUCCAUCAUCCAUUUGCCAAUACAACCAGGGCCAACGUAGGUCAGUCACUUCUGCUGCAUGUUAACGUUCCAGCCAAUCAAAGCCAAAGCUGUUGCCUGAAGCUACCUAGCAGGAUGUCUCUCCGUCAAAGAAGGCCAAAUGUAUUGAGGAAUCUAUACUGCCAUUUCCUCUUAGAUGUGGAAAAAUCCUUUUCAAUGGAAAGUCCACUUGCUUCGUGAGAUUGCUUUGUAGUGUAUUGACUAAAUUUACUGGGCGGUAUGAAAGGCAUACGCUGUAUUUUAAGAGCUGUCAAGUUGUAGAUGUUGUUUAUGCAAUUGAGAUGUUUUAGCAUCAUGAUUUAUGUAAUGAUUGUGUAUGGCUGCAUUUGAGUGAAAAUGUUUUGGGUGACUUAUGUUUGUAAAUACAUUUCUGUUCAUUUAGAAGAUUAAAUGCGUGUUGGUCUUUUUGUAACACUGUGCAAACGUUUUAAUGUGUUUACGAUGUUACAAUGUUUUCUUUGCAAUAAAGUACAUGCAGAUUUUA